AAUCGUUCUCUCGUUUGGAUUACGGGCGGGAGGGUAUCUUCUGGUGGUGCUAGCCUGUGCUCCUGUCUCCGCCCGAGCAGGUGGCUCGCCCCUCCCCUGGGCAGGUACACCCUGCUGGAGCGCUGGCCCUUGUGGGCUGCUCUGCGCCCUCCUCCUGAGCUUAUAUGUGGCUCCACUUGGACAUCCGAGCAUGGAGCACGCUGCUCGACCUCAGCUAUGGAGUUGGAUGAGUUGCGCCUACUGGAUGCGCUAGUCUACCUGGAGGGUUUCCUGGCUUUCGUGGCCUUCGUGGGGCUCCAGAUGGUGGGCUCUUCCUACGGCCGCUACUCCUCGCAGUGGUCCGGCCGCCGAGUGCCCGCGCGACCUGCCUGGUUCCUACAGGAGCUGCCUUCAAUGGCCUGGCCGCUGUACGAGUGCAUCCGUCCUGCAGCCGCCCGACUGGGCAACCUGCCUAACCGCGUCCUGCUAGCUAUGUUUCUGAUCCACUACGUGCAAAGGACGCUGGUUUUUCCAGUUCUGAUCAGGGGAGGGAAGCCCACCCUGCUGUUCACCUUUGUCUUGGCCUUCCUGUUCUGCACCUUAAAUGGCUACUUGCAGAGCCGAUACUUGAGCCAGUUUGCGGUGUAUGCUGAAGACUGGGUAACCCAUCCCUGUUUCCUGACAGGCUUUGCCCUGUGGUUAGUGGGCAUGGUGAUAAAUAUCCACUCAGACCACAUCCUGCGGAAUCUGAGAAAACCAGGGGAAACUGGAUACAAAAUACCCAGGGGAGGCCUGUUUGAAUAUGUAUCUUCAGCCAACUAUUUUGGGGAGCUCGUGGAGUGGUGUGGCUUUGCACUGGCCAGCUGGUCCCUCCAGGGCGUGGUGUUUGCUCUGUUCACCCUGUGUGCACUGUUCACCAGAGCGAGGCAGCAUCAUCAGUGGUACCUCGAGAAGUUUGAAGAUUACCCCAAAACAAGAAAAAUACUAAUUCCAUUCCUGCUUUAGUGUGCUGUCCAUGCUGUUGUCUUCCAUAAGCUGAGUGUCUGUCUUCCCGGUGGCUUUGCUCUGAGCACAUACAAGUGAAUUGUUUUCCUUAUUUCUCCUGCAGUUCCAUAGUUCUCAGGAAGGGCAAUGGGAGGGUGUUGUCCCCUGGUAAAGGACAAAGCCAAACAAAAACUAAUCCACCAUGUACAGUUAGGGGCUACAGUGCCUAGUAGGUCAGAAGCAGGGAGCAAUGAGUCAUGGUGCCUCUGGCUUCUGGUACCCCUUACAACAAGAAUUCCACCCAGGCCAGCAGCAGUCACGUUCCUCCUUCACAGAUACAUGUUCUGCCUGCUCAGCCCUUGCCACAGAGGCCUGGAGCUGUGGGAGUGUGGCCCAGGGGCAACCUGCCAUCCUUGACUGCAGACCCCUUUGACCCCCAGACACUGGUAAGAGAAGUGUUCCUACAACAUGUCCUGUCCCUCAGAGGUGAGACUGCACAGUAUCCAUUCACUCCCUGAGCCCAAUUUUGCUCUUCCUUUGGGCUAGAAUUCAUUAAAGUCCUUCAAAAAUAAAUAAAUAAAUAAAAACACUCUUAAUAUUAUAAAACAAAAUGUCAAAACAGGAUUUCCUAUUUUGAAUGCACCCCAAGGACCAAUCAUGGCACAUGAAGAUGGAAAGCUCAGGGCUAUCCUGGGCUUUGUAGGGAGACCCUCUUUGGGGGAAAAAUGAUAACAACCGGCUAACAAUCCAAGGAAUUGAUGGCAGUAAUAAAAGGUGCCACCCACACAAGUACUAGCUUGGUUGGGAGAAAGAUGUUCACCCAGGAUACUAACCCCACUGUGGCCCUGGGCAGUCUGAGGACCACUGGUGAAGAGCCAUCCUCACUGGAUGGAUUAGCACUGCCCCGGGGCAGCAGCUGCACGUACCACUCACCCUUCGCCAUCAGAUGCCACCACGAGAGGAAACAGGACAGGACUGUGUGCUCUGAUCCCAGUAAAGAUGCUGCAGGAAGACUGGCAGGCACACCUAACGGUGUGCAUAGUGCCCACCACCUGCCUUUCCUGCACGUACCACCUGCUGGUUCUUGCCCCCCACCUCCGUGUGCCCACGGCCACCUUCCCUUGGCUUCCCAGCAGGGCUUCCUCAGCUCUUUUGCUCUCAGACAGAAACAAUUCUCUGUGCCUCUGAUUCACAGAAUGUCUAGGCUUGACCCAGGAAACUUCAUGAUGCGGCUACUUCAUUUUAACAAAGAACAAUCCUUUACCCUCCCCUUUUCUGACCAAGGAACUAUUUGAAAACCUAAAGCACUAAAUAUUGUAGCUCUUCUCUCAAAACCUUAGUGAGGCCUACCUGGUGUGUCCUGAAAGGUUUGUGUGGGAGGAUGUACACAGCUGAGACUCUGGGGUUGUUUGCUGUGAAUUUGACCUCUUUUGGAGGGCAUGGUGCUAAAGUUGGAACCCAGGACUUCAGGUUGCUAGGCAGAUGUCCUGACACUAAGCCACAUCACAUAUUAGCCCUGUGAUGCCUCUUUGUUUAUGAAGGACCAAACUGCCCACAGGCUUGUAGUUGCUCCCCGUGCUAAGUGAGAGAUUAAGAGGAAUCUUGUCUUAACACUAUACUCUACUUCAUUCCCUGAAACUCGUUAUUUACUUGUGUGAACCACGCUUAUUAAGGAAAUAAUAAAACUACAGUUAUAAGUCCA